UCAGCCUGUCAACAAUGUUUAAUGAUGUUUAAUGGCAACCAUAGGACUUAAGACUGAACCUUCCGAACGCCGGGCCGUUGCUUGGUUGAAAGCUCCUAAGAUCCAACCAGAGAUCCGCACGAUCCAACCAGCGAAACGUCAUGCAGAACUGAGAUCCGAGGCACAAAGAUCGCCAGAACACGUGCAACGAACACUGCCAUGGUUUAAUACAGCCCAUGGCAAUGUUCAAUGGAUCUGUUCAAUCUUCAGUUGCUCAUCAAAGCCCUUCCAAAGAAGAAGAUGGCACUGGGUUUUCGCCCACGACCUUUGGAAAGAGCACGGCCGGUGAGAUAGUGGAGCACUUCAACAAGGAGCGCACCUACUCCUCCUCCAGUGCGGAAGCAGCGCGUCGUAAGAGUCGCGUGCAAGCGUGGCGGAAACGCCUGGUGGGCGGCUUGAAGAAGCCGUGGAGACGGCAACAGCAGCAACCCUCCUGGGAGACGGUGCGAACUGUCGAGCUCCAUGAAGAGGAGAAAAAGCUGAUCGCUCAGAAGCAGGCACACGGUUGUUUGCUGAGCUGGUGCUGGGCAAUUCAGAACUGGUUCCUGGCUGCAAGUGUUGGGGCGUUGUGCUAUGCCACCUAUGUGCUGAUUGAAGUCUCCGUGGGCGCUUUGUCCUCCUUUCGCUUCGGUUUCUGCCAAGCAGAGCCCUUCAGGAGCGAGGAGCAUUGUCCAAAGGGGCAAUGGAUCUCCUGGGGCGUGAACUUGUUGGGUUUUGCCGCUUCAGUGGUCUUGGGCACCUGGAUGGCAGCUGCCAGCGCGUUCCUGGUGAGCCGUUUCGCACCGGCGGCCAGUGGCUCUGGGAUCCCGGAGGUGAAGACCAUCUUGAAUGGCUUCGUACUACCAGAUGUUGCAACCUUUCGCACUUUGUUCAUCAAGGUGCCAUGCCUCAUUCUUGCCGUGGCCUCCGGGCUAUCCUUGGGGCAUGAAGGUCCUAUGGUCCACGUGGGCGUUUGCUGGGCGAACCUCUUGUCGCGGCUCUUCCCGCAGUUUCGCAACGAAGGGAAGAGGCAGCAGCUCUUUUCCGCUGCAGUGGCGGCUGGAGUGAGUUCAGCCUUUGGCACACCGGUGGGCGGAGUUCUCUUUAGCCUGGAGGAGGUGAGCUCACAUUUUCCUUCCCGGACGCUCCUGAUGGCUUUCGUGGCCUCUGUCGUGGCCACCUUGUUGCUCUCGGUGUCCAACCUCACGGGGACGGGUCACUUGACCUUGUACAGCGUGACCUAUACCGUGACCUUGCACCCCAGCGACUAUGCGAUGUUCGCCCUUUUGGGCGCCGCUGGUGGAUUAGUUGGUGCGCUCUUCAAUGCGCUGAAUAUUCGGUGGUGUGCCUUCAAGGCCAAAGCGUCCUUCCGCAAGUGGGUCGGCCCUGUACAGGAGGCCUCCUUCUUAGCCUUUCUGACCUUGCUCUCCUCGUGGCCCUUGAGCUUGACGCGCUAUCUCAAUGCCCAGACCAUCCAUGCCCUCUUGGAUACCUGCAGCGACGAGCCGGGCGAAACGGUACGGAGCAGGCUGCAGGCGGAGUUUGGACUCUGCACGGAGGAUGGCUACAGCAAUUCCUCCGGCAAUGGGCUCUUGACGUCCUUGGGCUUUGCUGCGGCGAUCCGCUUUUGUCAGACGGUUCUGACGAUUGGCACCGCCUGUCCAGCGGGUCUCUUCGUGCCAUCGCUCUUCAUCGGCGCUUGCUUGGGGCGGUGCUUGGCGCUGGGCCUCAAGGCUUUGAACACUGGGACACGUUUGUUUCCCCACAAGAUCGAUCCUGGCGUCUACUCCAUGGUGGGAGCCGCCUCAGUCUUGGGCGGCGUCAGUCGGAUGACCAUCUCCCUGGUGGUCAUUAUGCUCGAGCUCACCGGAGGUUUAGACUACAUCGUGCCCUUCAUGAUCUCGGUCCUCCUCGCCAAGGCCGUGGGCGACUCCUUGAAUGAAGGCAUCUACGAUCUGCAGAUCGUGCUGAAAGGCUACCCCUUCUUGCAUGAGGAGUUGGAUGUGACCUUUACAGAGCGAUGCUGCGAUAUCAUGGAGACCGGCCUGGUGAAGCUAGACCUCAAUCUCCGCCCUCGAUUGCAGGACCUGCGGGUGAUGGUUCGCGCCUUCACCUUUCGUGGCUUCCCCAUCGUCGAUGGCGACUUCUUCGUGGGCUAUGUUCGCCGAUCACAGCUCGAAGAUGUUCUUGCGCGCAUGGAGCUGGUCAGAGGUCAAAACGAGGUCAUCUCCUUGGAUGACUUGCUUCCAGUGGUCGACACCACUGUGAUGCGCAUGGUGCCGAAUGCCCCCUUGACCCAGGCACAUCAAGUCUUCAAGCAGCUGGGAUGCCAGCGCAUUUUCUUGGUGGGCUCCAUGCCGGGCGGGCAGCAGGACGUCUUGCAGGGCAUCAUCACGAAGAAGAACUUUUUGAAGUUCUUGCAGGAUGGAACCGUUGGCCACAUCCCAGAUGAGUUGCGGCUCGCCGGCUCGCAGAUGGAGAGCAACGGCGCCAGUGCUUUGCGCUUCUCCUAUGAGGGGCCUCAGCAGGAGAGCACGGCGUCGCACAUCCGUUUGGGCGAGCUCUUCUCUGUGCUCGACGCGGCCGCCGAAGCCGGCGGAGAGCAGAGGACCGAAGACCAGCUGAGUUGGGCCCCUUCAGCCAGCGACGAUGAGGCUCACCAGCGGCACGAGGCCAAUGGCUCGCCGCUCUCGGUCGGCACCGGCCAGCCCGGACCGUGAGCAACGGCCCGUGUUGGACCCGCGCGGAGCGGAGCAUGGCGCGAACGAAAGAGCGGAGACGGAGCGGAGACCCCGAGACGAGGUCAACGGUGUCCCCGGCGUCGCUUCGGCGGAGAGGGCUUGUCAUGGCAAAUUGAG